AUGUCCCAGCAAAACAACGGCGGACUCCUCGGCGGCCUCGGCGACACCCUCGGCAAGACGGUCGGCGGCGUAACCAACACCCUCGGCGACACAGUGGGCGGAGUAGGCAACACCGUCGGCGGCUUGACCUCUGGUCUGGGCAAUACCGUCUCAGGCGCGACUGAGGGUCUGGGCAAUACCACAAAGGGAGUUGGUCAGAGCGUUGGACAGGGUAUUUCGAGUGGGACUCAGAGUAUUGGAGGUCAGAAGCAGACUGCUGAGAACCCGCUUGGUUUGAGUCGCUAA